GGCUGUGGUGGCUGCUUUUCUCGUUGAGUAAGUUGGAUUUGAACAGCCGCGGCAAGUGAACCGUUUGCUUUUCUCUCGUCGGCUCGCGCGUUGAAAGCCUGUGCUCGGUGCCGAGAAAGGAAGGAAAACAAAAGAAAAGAAACAAUACAACACACAGUUCGUGCGUGUUUUGUGUGCGUAUUUAUGUGUCUCAAGGUGCAUUGAGUAUAAAAAUAAAAUGAAGAAAAAAUCGCAUAGUGCAACAGUUUGGUUUUGUGUGUUUAUCAACAGCCAGCAUUUUUAAUCGUUUGGAUUGAGUGGUUCGAAAGAUUGUCUCAAAAAAGGGAAAAAUAUUUGAGAAAAACGAUUCGUUCAACCAUUUUGUUGCGGAUAGAUUUUUAUAGAAAAAAAGGAAUUGCUAAUAGCGAUCAGCAGUGCAUAGUGCUUGUCUUUCUGGUUGGUGAGAGUGAUUGCUAUGACAGAGUGGUACGGAAUAAGUUAAUCCACUCUACGAAACGAUCUUCCUCUUAUUACAGCCCAAAGUGUUAUCAAAAAGGCAAAGGUUGCGGCAACAAUCUGCUGCCACACAAGGAGGGAUCUGUACGUAGUUUUCGUGGUAGUAGUGAACGUAGUUCUGUGCAUUCGGCUUUGAGCUCCCUUUUGGACAAGGUGUAAAGUGUCAAUAAAAAGCAAAAGAGCAAAAGUGAGAGGUUGCCAAGUGACCGCAUCCAUUUGUCGCCCUUCUUCUUUGUAAAAUGUAACGCUGUGUAUAAUAUAUUUUAUGUGCCAAAUGUGUGUAGCGUAAAGAAUGCUUUCAAAAAUAGAAGGUUACUUGGUAUGCUUAAAAUUUUAUCUAUGAAUGUAAACGCUAAUCAUGUGUGUCCUGUGAAAACCGUGAUUUGAACAACGAAAGAUUUCUAUCAUUUUGUUAAAAGAGUGUCUAAUUCGUAAAAAAGUAGCUGGUGAAUCGUAUGUGCAUGUGCCUUGGCGUUAAGUUUUGUUUGACUGUAUAGAUGUGUGUGACCUACUUCACGGGCAAUACUAACUGAAGGUAUUAGUUUGAUCUUGCUGUCCCCAAGGAGUGAUCGUCAAUAAUUUGCUUGAUCUGUUAAAACGAGAGGCGUUUAUUUUAAGAACCCCUAAAUCGUGGUAGUGUGGAAACUCUUGAGGAGUAGCAACUGAUCUUUGCCCAGUUAAUUAACUACGCGACUGCUUAAUAUAUACGAUCACACGUGUAGUGUUUGGAGAAACAAACAAACGACCUAGAAAGAUCCGAUCGAUUCAGUGUCAAGUUUGACACAAACAAAACAAAUCAAAGCAAUCGUGUGUAACAAAAGAAAAGCUGAGCAGCAUACGACAAUGACCUCCUGGAACUGUACUGAAUGAGGAUGAUAGUCGAUGACCUCCAGCACAAUCGGAGCACCACUGGCGGUCCUGCAUUCGAGCAUCCACUAGACAUAAUGAUGGGUAUUUCGAACGGACACCAUGGGGAAUAAGCCACGUGAAUGUUGGAAUCUGAUCCAUAAAUCACAAUAUUUAAAGGAAAAAGAAAACACAUCGGCACGAGUUAAGGGUGGAAAAUAAAUAAUGUUAAAGCAAACGGUGAAAAAAAAGAACAAACGGCAAGCGGAACAAGAGCCAACUGCGAAGAAAAUGUAAAAAAAAAACGAGCAAAGAGAGAAAAUAGAAUCGGUAACUAUGACAAGCUUUACGAAAGAGGAGAAUGCGUAAAGGUUGAUUCCAAACGAGCCACGAACAGAGAACGAAAAAUAAGGAAUUGCUAGUAAUUAGACGCGAUUUCGACGAUCAUCGAGAUUGAAGGAUGUGAAGAAUAUUUCCUUAACACUACAUCACCAGAACGCACCGGACAUCCGGAUCUGAAAAGUGUUGUGAAUGUGUAUUGCUUGAAAAAGCAAUUGUGUGAAUGAAAAAGAUCGGUGUAUGUUUUAUGGUAUGUUAAGGAUGUGAGCAGCUCUGCUUGGGAGUGGUGAGUGUUUGCCGAUUGAUAGAAUCGAUGAAAAUAUUCAUGUGAUCAGAGUGUUUAGUUCGUGCGUGAUAAUUGUAUAUAUUACUGUUCCAUUGGAACUGUUAAAAAUCGCUCGAAGUGCUGCUAUUGCCAUCAAACUGUUUUGUAGAACUUGUUGAAUACAUUUAUCGUGUAUGCUGCCUGGAUCGAGAAAUAACUCUGUAUUAAAAUUUUAUGUAAAAGAUACAAUUGUGGCAGUAACUAUUAAGAUUGCCGAUCGAAACAUGUACUAGUGGUUGCUGUUCCAGUAGGAAAUUGCAGUCAACUAUUAAAACGUAAAAUUGAACGAAAAUAUCGACCUUAAUGUUAUCGGUGAAACAUAAAAUGGUAACCGGAAGGACGAUGGCGUUAUACUGUUGGUGUUUACUGCUAGCAGUACUAGUAACUGAUGCACUUCCCAUCACCUCGAAACCAUUGGACAACAAUCCGGACCAUCUGACGUGGGAGGCUGCAUGGCUCUCCGAGGACAACCGGUCAUCGGUGCCACUAGGUGGAAAGUCAAAAAAAAUCACUCCCAAAUCUAUCUUUAUCACACCAUUCCUCAACAACUAUAAUACGUCCGCAUGUCCACCGGAUUACAAGGUGGACUACAACGGCAAAUGUAUUCAGGUGGUGAGCAUCAACACGGCGGACAUUCUGGUGACGAAGCUUCAGAGUCUCUUCUCACAGCAUGGUGACGGCGGAAGUAACGGUCCAGGUACUGGCGAAGAUGACUACGACUACGAUUAUGAUUCGACGGGACCGUUCCACGUGAAUCUUCCACUCAGUAUCGAUUUACCACCGGACCCACCACAACAACCCGUUUCGCAAGCAACACCUAAUCUAACAUACAAAGAUAUUCCCGAACCAAGCUUCUACGACAGUGCCAUGGUGGAGAUUGCAACAGUCGACCAGGACAAGGCAAAGAUAACAACUGUUUCGGUGUUCGACUCGGAAAAACCAUCUUCCGUGAUGCCCUUUCUUCCCGCGUCCACCUCCAGUACAUCCGAACCGGCAAAGGUGGACCAAAGUCACGCCGAAAGUACGCACACCGACAUAUCCUUUCUCGCGUUCGAAACCCUUCCCAACGGAACGCUGGUCGGACAGGUGGAAUUGGAAGGAAAAAAUAGUACGAUGGUGCAGAGUAUUAUUGUUUCAUCCACUACAACUGAUGUACCGAUGGCCGACAGUGGCAGCACAGCGGAGUCUACAAUCAUUAAGCUCGAUAGUAGGGCCGGUACAACGACUGAUCCUGUUGCUGAUACAACUUUUACGGAUGGUGAUGCAAUAGCGAGCACAGUGCUACUCACGCAGGACGUGUUAACGACAAUGGCAAUGCAAGAAGACGAUAGUGGUAGCAACUCCACGGAAAAGGAAGUAGAUGAUGCAAUCAUUGCUACGGACGUUACUAAUAUAGGUGCGACCAGUACUACCGAACAGAACGAAUCGGAUGUGGAGCGAAUGAAUCUGGAGUUAAAGGAGGAACUGUUAUUAAUAGACAGUAAUCGCAGUUCGCUAGCUCCACUAGAUCCAUCGGACGUUUCUGAGAUGGAUCCGAAUACAUUUCCAACAGUUCAACCGCUACCAAGCGACGAACAAACAGUCGUCAUUAAAGACCCUAAACUCAUUACAUUGAAAACAACAGUUUCUCCACCGCUACGUCCGUAUGUAGCAAUACCUACAAAGCCUUCAGUGCAGAUUAUUACGCCGAUCAAGGGCAGUUGGGAUCUGGGAAUCAAAGGUGGAUCAGCACACCUAAUAGCUGCUAGCCAUCUUAACCAACAGGAUCGAACAACGCGUGCGACACCGGAAACAACCACGCCAACGAUCAAUGCGGAAAGGUCGACCGAGGUAACGACUAUUCUGAUAGCACGACAAGAAUCUCAGGAGGACACCAAAAACAGCGAGAAAGUGAACCAUCUGGAGGCUCAUCAGCCACUUCGCGGGCUAUACCCGGGUAACAUUAAUUUUGCGUAUCAUAAUUUGCCUGAAUCAACGAAUGCUUCUACUACUGAAGUGAGUGAGUUCACCGUCGAACCUGAGACUACAACCACAAACAGCUUCUUGCAGGUUCGGCCACUAGCAUCCACUCCGCCGAGUAGUAGUAAUAUUAAUUACUUAGAACAACUGCGUAAAAUAAACGAAAUCGUAGCUGAAAAGCGACGUCACCAACAGCAACAAGAGCUACACCUCGGUGCAAGUUCAUCCACUUCGAACAUACGGUUCCCAUCGCAAGAUGACGAACAAAUGUACAGUGCAGCAAGUAACAAUUAUCAGACAAACGGUGUUCGAUUUCCCGGUACAGCAACAAACCGUCUACCUGCUUCCAACAGCAAUCGUCUACCGGAUAUCUUCCCCAAGAAAUCACCAGAUAGUACGACGCAAAGGCCUGUCUUCUGGUGGCUCCCGUCCGGCUGGGAGGUCGACCAAACGGGCAACAAACCGAUGCUUCUGCGUUUCUGGUCCCGGAUGCCACUAGUACGUGAUAGCGCAUUGCAGCCAACAUCGGCAUCACCCACGGAAACUGUCAAACCCGAUCGUAUUGAUACGGAUGCUGAAACUAAUAACAACCGAUGGCGUUCGGCAACAGGCUUUCAGCAACAUCAACCGAUUACAGGUACAUCACAUUCGGUGGCAACAGCGCGGGGCAACUCUAAAAGUCCAAGCGAAAAUUUCUACAAGGAGGUAUCUGCCCAGGAAGUUUACAAGGUAAUGAAUGCACGUCAACUGAACCACCAUCAUCAAAGAUAGGCCGGUUAGUUUGUCUUUUGUUCCCAAAAUAAUCCAAACGCCCCGCCCUUCUCUCUGCCAGUGGGUCAAACGUACUCAUGCUUGAGAACGCACACACGUGUAACGAGAAUACGGCAACCUUUACCAAAGUCCAUACCAGCAGGCUUCGCAAGUCCAGCUUUAAGUAUUACGUAAUAUGACCAUGUCUACCAGGCGCUAAUCCCACGGGAAGCUAGAAGAUUACGAGCGUAAUUUAGUGCACGUGUGCGUAUGUGUGUCUGUACAGGUUGGAUAUGAGAAGAGAUAUAGGGAUUGUCGUCGUUGGUUACUCCAACGUUUUCCGUUAUUGGUAGGAGGUUAAAAAGGUAAGAAUCGCUUCCAAGCUAUCGUCCUUUUGCCAGUGUAUUAUCAUUUUAUUUCGUCAUGCAAUCUUUCCUUCUCGUUUGAUUUUUCAGCACCCUGCUUAAAGAUCGUCCUCCAUACCGUCCUACAUUACAAAUCAGACAAUCUGUGAUAUUGUGUUUAAAAGUUGCUGUCUUAUCUAACGUAAGAACAUGUGGUAAACUGUUUUACAUUUUUCCUCCCAACACUCUAAAGUUAUGUUAUAUUUAAGAGCUUCCUGCAACACUCGAUGGUGUUGCUGUUUUUACAAUAUCCAAUCUAUUUCUAUUGAAAGGACGCAAAAGAAGUAUUUUCGUAUUUUGAAAGUACUACUCUUUCCAAAGGAUCUUCCCAUUACGGUAGGAAGGUACGAUCUUAAGGCGUAAGUGUAGUGAAACAUCACACGAUUUUAGUUCAACAUGUUCUAUGUCCGAUUGAUACUCACACAAAUGCAUGACAUGUGUAUUUGAUUUGAGUGAGCAGCAAUAUGAACAGAUAGUAGAUUUCUAACAAACAAAUACAUUUUGAUCGCACUAAAAUAGAAACGCAUCAAUAAUUUCUGCAUUGGAGUACCGAAUUUGUCUAAUUUGUUGUAAUACCUUUCUAGUACCUUUCAUUCAACCUGACCAGAUCCUGACUAAUUGUACAUAUAUUGGAAGUACUAGUAGCAAACGAUAUACCAUUGUAUUAAGACGUUUUAUGAACAAGACUAGCCGUUAAGAUUUCUAUUAUCUAUUAAACUUUUAGCUAACUCGGUACUCACCGACACACAUACACACACAAACGCCUGCACCCUUUCAUGAUGAAACAGAAAAAAAAGUUCAGUACUGUAUGGCGAAAGAUAGAGAAGCAGAGAAACCCCUUAUCUACUUACCCCUUAUACUUAUACUGUGAGGUGCGAUAUGUUUAUGUAAACCUGUUGCUUAUAUGUUACUGUACAAUGCGUCAUGUUACGUUUAGGGUCGUGUUAGAAGAUGUGUGCAUUAGAAACAUAAACAAACAUUCUGUUCUUAUACCCUUUUUGAUACUUCGUCAGUUUUUCCAGUGCUACUAGUAGUAAUAGUAGUAGCUGCUGCUGCAUCAAAAAUAUUUUGUCCGGAUGUAUGUGCCAAAAUAUAUAUACAUUGGUUUUGUGUGCGUGCAUGUUCAUGUUACGCAGUGGAAAAGCGACCUAAUCGUCAUAAGUCAUAAAAUCAUAGUUUAGUGAGCUAUAAUACAAUUGCAAAACAACGAAGCGUGUCUAAACUAUGUCGUCAUACAUCACAGAGCCAAUAAUUUCUUGUAUAUCCUGUUUCACGGAUUUUCUGUCCAAUUGUACAAUUUUUAAUCAAAAACUUAAUUUUUACUAAUGUCCUAACAGUAUAAUAUUUACUCGCUGUUUGUAUCGGUUUUAGGUGUAGGUGUUGCCAAACAAAAACAAUUAAUCUUUAUUGGCAAGGAAGGAUACCUUUUCUUCAGAUUAGUACUGAUGGUUUACUGUAAAUAUUGUUGUCGAUGAAUAACCGACCAACGCAAAAUAUCCGUAGAAACGACCGAUUAUAAUUCUUAUUGUUCUUUACGUUGUAUCUCGUGUUUGCCUUUGUAGUAACCCAGCACUCAGCCACUAAUUCAGCAGUAGCUGUUCGAUGUUGUGACAUUGUAGAAAAUUUUCCUCUAAUGGCAAAUGAUGUUACUCUACAAUAGCAAACAUCAAAAUUUUGUAGAUUUACGCGGUUGCAUUGCAGUUAGGCAAAAGCAUCGAUUCGGGUGUACUACGUAUAAAGUACUGAAUGAAAAUUAAGUACGAUAUUUUUACAUCAAUCCGUAACAUGAUCCCGCUCCUAUAGUCGUUGAACGCACAAAUGAGAAUAUCCUAACAGGUGUUAAGGAUUUUGAUAACAAGCAACUAGCACUCCUGUUAUGUAAUCGCCGGUCGUAAACAUAUAGCCUGACUAUUUCAACCAAAACAGUAUCCUUUAACUGUGCAGUUAAGUAAAAUACGGACACCAAGCCUAAUAAGUCCACCGUUCUAGGAAGAAUAAUAGAAGGCAGACGGCUCAUCUAAUAGCCCCUAUAAGGAACGCAUAGUAGACAUGACUACAUAUAUCUUACAGUCGUAAAUUUAAACAUAAAACCAAUCAACAAACGAAGAAAAUUAUCGUACACAUUUA